AUGGAAUCGAAUUUGUUGAGUGGGAGAAACCACAUCAAUCUCAUGCGUGGCUGGCCGUCACCAGAUGUUUUGCCAGCUGCUAUGCUUUCAAGUGCCUGCCAACAAGUUCUCCUUCGCCGUCAGGAGUAUAUUCCUAUUCUCCAGUAUGGUCCAAAUACAGGUCACCCAACACUGAAGAACGAGUUAUCCAGAUGGCUUGGCGAGCAUUAUAAUGUCAACCCAGAUCCAAGCCGCAUUUGUGUCACGGGCGGAGCAAGCCAGAGCUUGGCUUGCAUUCUCCAGAGCUUUACUGACCCAAACUAUACCAAAGCCAUUUGGAUAAUUGCUCCUUGUUAUUACCUGGCCUGUGGAAUUUUCGAAGAUUCAGGAUUUGCUGGAAAAUUACGUGCAGUACCGGAAGAUGACGAGGGCAUCGACUUGGUGGUCCUGCAAAACAAAAUCAGGGAGCUAGAACAAGACGAACAAGCAAAACCGCAGGCAAAGCCGGUCAAACCUCAUGACACAACAAGGAAGCUGUAUAGACAUGUCGUGUACAUUGUACCAACUUGCGCAAACCCUUCUGGGAAAACCAUGUCUCUUCGACGACGUGAAGAGUUGGUACACCUGGCACGGGGUCACAAUGCUCUCGUAGUCUGUGAUGACGUGUACGACUUUCUACAGUGGUCCGUUGACCCCGAAGAUGAACAGGGUAACAGGAGUUAUUUGAGACUGCCUAGGCUAUGCGACAUUGAACGAUCAUUGGGAUUUUCGGAGCAGGACCCAGACAAAUUUGGUUACACCGUCAGCAACGGAUCCUUUAGUAAAAUCGCUGGGCCGGGAGUCCGCACAGGUUGGGUUGAAGCCUCCUCAAAGUUCGUCAUUGGGCUAGGUAACACUGCUUCCACACUUUCAGGCGGAGCACCGAGUCAGCUGUGCGCAGCGAUACUGGGUGAGACUCUCCGAACUGGCGAACUACAGAAGCACAUAGCUCGCACGGUCUGUCCAUCUCUGCAGAGGAGAUAUAAGCUCGCCAUGACCGCAAUUCAUCAAUACAUUACGCCUUUGGGCUACCGUGCCCGAGAAACGAGUCUUACCGGAGCUCGAAUCUAUGGUGGAUACUUUAUCUGGCUGUCUCCGAAAGCAGAACUGUCACUGAGCUCCCAGCUAGUCGCCGACGUCGCGAUGGAAGAAGAGAAUCUCGCGAUAGGUUAUGGACGCAUGUUUGAGGUUCACGGGGACGAUGGCAGUGCUCCGUUCAAAGGUGACAUUCGAAUUUGCUUUGCAUGGGAGGCGGAGGAUGCCAUAGUUGAGGGUAUUCAGCGAUUGGGCUCUUUACUCAAACGAAUGUUGGAAAAUCCAGCGCAGUACGAGAACUGGAAGUCGAAGACCGAAGAAUCAUCGAGUUUCGUACAUUACUACUAA